AAAAAAUUCAGAUUGUUUGUAAGUUAGAACAAUGAAAAUGUGCAUGUAUAUGCGAGAAUGGAAUGAUCCAAAGUAAUCAAUGCCUCCUUUUCUUAUUCACAGGUCAUCCUUGUAUAAUUCCUUUGGUAAUUCAUCAUUUCUACAUCAACUACUGAAAUCUAUCUAUGUUUGGGUACGAUUGAAAAAUGUGGAUGUCCGUGAUAUGAUGGCGAUCUAUCAACUACUUUGUUGUAUACCUAGACGAUUCAAUGGCUAUGGUGUCAUUCGAACAGUACCGUUUAUCUUUGCCCUACAGGAUCUUGCCUAUGAUUGUAUACAUGCUAGUACUGGUGUGGCUGAUAGAACACAUCAUAAUAUCGUAUCUGCUGGUGAUGAUUUUGUUCAAAAAAAGUCUGUUGGUGCUGAUGACUCUUGUAGUAUUCAGGAGUUUACAACUGCUACCAACACUCCAGUGAUUGGUGAUUCCACUAUUCAAGAUACAAUGCCUGGUGGUGUGAUAACAGAUGACUUAACUAUCCCUGUUAGUGGCGCUACUCCUUCUUGUAUUGCUCCUUCUUCUCCUUCUUUGGAUGGUCCCUCCAUUGACAACCCUAUUGACUAUAGAUCCAUCAAGUAUCAACAAUCUCUGGCAACAGUGACCUUGGAAUGGAUAAGGACGAUGGCGGAAAUAACAGGUAUGGAACAGGUCAUGAAUUAUGCACAAUCGAUCAAAGAAAAGCGACAGCACCUGCAUCAAGAACCAAAAUUAGAUCUAACAACAAAACCAACUGCGGAUGCACCUUGUUUGGAUGACGCGCAAUUUGGCAUCAACAAAGUCAUUGAUUGGAUGGAUCGGCAGAAAGUGGUCAAGGCCAUCUUGGAUGACGAUAAAUUGCACGAUCAACAAAUUUCGGAUGUGAAUUUAGAAGAAAGACUUUAUGUACAAUGGGCAUCUGAAAGUUAUGAAAAUCAAGAAAAAGGAUUCCGAAUUGAAGUCGAUUCUGAUACUGACAUGAAACCAAAACUCACCGCAGCAAUCAAUAAUGGUUCUUUGCAGAAACGACAUUCUCAAGGGGAAAAACCAAUCGUCAAUGUUGAAAAUUUGAAAGGAGCACUGGCUGCUCAACUUUUAGGCAAUGAACAACAACAACAAAUUAUCCAUCCUCCUUCAACAGAUGUGAAAAUUGAAUUGAAUCAAUUAUUAUCUGGUCUGUACUCUACCAUGUCAACAAAGGAACAAUCCAUAUCUUUAGUCAACCCUCCUUACUAGUUAGAAACCCCACCUUUUAUAUGUAUUUUUUUUUCUUUUAUCUUUAUGUAUUUUUUUUUUUUUUUUG